UGGAUGAUUUUCAUCGGCUGUCCAUACAGGUGCACCUGGAUAUUUGUGCGUAAUUUGCGGGCAGCAAGAAUUGCGUGUGGACUAUGUGAAUGCGUGAUGUUUGGCGUUACGGAGAAAAACGCGCGUCUACGGCAGAAUGGCAUGUUUUCACUUGACCACAGCGGACCAACAAGCUGGUGUAGUCUGUAGCACAUUCACGGGAAUAAAACGACGGCUGGGUUUUCUGCAAUAACACAGGAUUACUGAAGCUGCAGGAGGUGGGUUUGAAGGAAGAUUUCAGCUGUGAGGAGAAGGGGGAAGCGUACGAGUCACAGAUGUGAAAAGGCAGGUGCGUUUCACCUCGUUUUUUUUUUUCUUUUUGCAAUCUGAUUUUCGGCCGGAGCCUGCGAAAUGAAGCCUCUACCUGACAGAUGUGUGACACCACAACUGCAACCUACAGAGAGUGUCUCCUGUCUACCUGCUGCUGAUCUGCUGUGGUCGGCUGUGGAGCACUGAAACUGCUACAGCUGCGAAUCUCAUCAUCGCCGUCAACAUCUGCCACUUCAAACACGACAAGACACAAGAGGACGGAGGCUGCUUUUUGGCUGAUCAAAGUGCCAGCAGUGAGAAAGUACCUGUAGACGAUGACUCCAGCAGAGCUGCUCGCCUGAAAGCAGCAUGAGCUAAUUGAGGACUUCCAAACUAAUUGCUGAUUCGAGCUUUUUCUGUUUGGGGCUGAUGAAAAUGUUCCAGUGUGUCAGUUGACUGACAGGGUUUCAGUGGUGUUCUAGCCUGGGACACAGCCAGCAGCUGAAGUGCAGACACCACAAAGGACAUGGCUCGUCCAGGAUCAGGGUUGCUGGUUCCCGUCAAUGGGCUGGGGUACCCACCUCAGAACCUGGCCAGGGUAGUCGUCUGGGAAUGGUUGAACGAACAUGGGCGCUGGAGGCCCUACAGUGCAGCUGUUUGCCACCAUAUUGAGAACGUGCUGAAGGGGGAUGCCCGAGGUACUGUUGUUCUGGGGCAGGUGGAUGCCCAGCUCUCUCCUUACGUCAUCGACCUGCAGUCCAUGCACCAGUUUCGACAAGACACAGGCACCAUGAGACCAGUGCAGAGGAACUUCUACGAGCCCUCAUCGGCCCCAGGGAAAGGCGUGGUAUGGGAGUGGGAGAACGACAACGGUUCGUGGACGCCCUACGACAUGGAGAUCUGUGUGACAAUCCAGAACGCCUAUGAGAAGCAGCACCCCUGGCUGGACCUGACCUCUCUGGGCUUCUGCUACCUCAUUGACUUCAACAGCAUGUCUCAGACCAACAGGCAGAGCCAGCGCAAGCGACGCCUGCGGAGACGCAUGGACCUGGCUUACCCGCUCAUCAUGGGCUCAAUCCCCAAGUCGCAGUCCUGGCCUGUGGGAGCCAGUUCCGGCCAGCCCUGCUCCUGCCAGCAAUGCAUCCUGGUCAACAGUACGAGAGCCGCCUCUAAUGCUAUUCUGGCCUCUCAGCGGCGUAAGCUCUACGGAGGGACACCGGGCAACACAGGCGCUACAGGAACCCUCACUGUUGUGCGGCAGAGCAACACUUUUGCUGGAACCUCCCUCUGGUCUCCGACAUCCGCCUCCUCCGGCACCAACAACAAUAACAUAAGUGUGGGUGGUGGGCAAGCCAAAGCUGAACAGGUGCAGUUGCCACUGUCCACUGCCAACUUCCCCUGUUCCCCCGUGAUGCCAUCUCUUUCAUCCGCCCAUGGCCACCAUGCUCUCACCAUCAACGGACAGAACAACCUGAACCGGCCGGGCACCCAGCGCAUUUCCAUGGGCACUGCCAGAGGAGCCAUCCCACCAGGCGUUCCUGCUCUCCCAGUAAAGAACCUGACUGGAUCUGGACCAGUGCACCCAGCACUAGCAGGUAUGACAGGUAUCCUGAUGUGCGCUGCAGGUCUGCCGGUGUGCCUGACUCGGGCCCCCAAGCCUAUACUGCACCCACCACCCAUCAACAAGAGUGACAUGAAGCCUGUGCCAGGGAUCAAUGGCAUGCGCCGCAAAACCAAGAAGAAGCACCUGAGGAGAGGGAAAAACCCAGAGGAUGUAGUGCGAAGAUACACAGAGAGGAUUAAAGUGAUGCCAGAUGAGGACUGUACCAUCUGCAUGGAGAGGCUGGUCAUGUCAUCAGGCUAUGAAGGCGUCCUGCAGCACAAAGGCAUCAAGCCAGAGCUGGUAGGCAAACUUGGCAAGUGUGGGCACAUGUACCAUCUGCUGUGCCUGGUGGCCAUGUACAACAAUGGCAAUAAGGAUGGCAGUCUUCAGUGCCCAACAUGCAAAACCAUCUAUGGGGAGAAAACAGGCACCCAGCCUCCUGGGAAGAUGGAGUACCACGUCAUCCCCCACUGCCUCCCCGGCUACCCAGACUCUAAGACCAUCCGCAUUGUCUACGACAUUCCUGCCGGGAUCCAGACCAAUGAGCACCCCAACCCGGGGAAGAAGUUCAGUGCGAGAGGGUUCCCUCGACACUGCUACCUCCCCGACAACGAGAAAGGCAGGAAGGUCCUGAAGCUGCUGAUCAUGGCCUGGGACCGACGCCUCAUCUUCACCAUUGGCACGUCCAGCACCACGGGCGAGUCGGACACAGUGGUGUGGAAUGAGAUUCACCACAAGACAGAAUUCGGCUCCAACCUGACCGGCCACGGCUACCCGGACCCCAACUACCUGGACAACGUCCUGACAGAGCUGUCGGCCCAGGGGGUCGGCGAGGACAACCUGAAGGACUGAUGGCAGGCUGAGCUGGUACCCAGGAACACAACCCCGCCAUCUCCCAGAGAAACAGGGACACUGCAUGACGGGCCAACGUGCAGCUGACAACUCUUUACUCCUGGCAAACAAAAAUACCCCUGCAGAAGUGAUGGCACAAGAGUAACGGAAGCUGAAUAAAUGACAUGGUUAUGAUCAGUGUUUUGAUUUGUAUAAGCUAAGAUUUCCCCCCGCGCUGUCUCUUGAUCCAUGCCUUGAGCAUGUUGUGUUCAUGCCAAAUUUUCUCAGAGGUUUGAGGAAUGUAAAGAAACAUGAGGGGAGACUUCUGUCUUGAUGCUGGCUGCAGGUAAAAUGGUAUUUAACCCCAUUCAGAUUCAAACUAAAGCUGUUUCUCUGCACUUGAAGUAAAAUGACAAAGGGGCCAAAAACAUACAAAGGCAUAUUUGUAAAUGCUGAACUCCAGAAUGCAUGAGCCCAGACUAACGCUGCACAAUGAAUGUCGAGCGAGUAUCUGCGAUAGGACGAGGUGUCAGUGGAUCAGCUGCCGCUCGAUAUUGUGACGAUACAUUUAAGAGAAUUUCAGCUUUACAAAUGAAUCAAAAUGAAUUAUUUGCUUCUUCCCUUUACUCUAAUAAUCAAUUAUUGUCCUGUAACAAGUGUAAACACUUGUUACAGGACAGGCUUUGUGGUUUGAAGGAGAGGAUCUUGACUCUGAUGAUGUCAUUUACAGUUGCACUGGGCAUAUCGAAUAUUUUUCACUUCUGACACCACAGAUCAGUUGUUGUGUAAAACGGAGGUGUGUUUUGUAGUGCAUGAAGUGGAUCCCAGAGAGCUAAAGGCUAUGAAAUAUUAGUGUUUGGUAAUAAAUGUAUGUUGUAUGGUAAACCUUGUGGACUGUCUGUGAGAGGGCACGUGAAAUAGAUGAAACGAGCGUCUCACCGUUCAGUUUGACGCUUGUUAUGAGGUGUUGUAACUUGAAAGGCUGAGGUAGUGGAGCAGGAUUUGCUACGCUCCAAGGUUAAACUCAUUUGUUUUGUUGACACGCUGAUGAUGCUGACCUUCGUGAAUAAAAAAAGCCCACAUUAUUAAUUCUCCCUGUUGGAGCCAACCCAGACACUGGCACGAUCCAUUAUGCUGACCAUACAUUGGGGUGGGGGGGGGGGGGGUGUUAUUGCGUGCUAUGAGGCAUUUAUACGCUGGCCUCAAGUCCUUAAGGAGAAAUGCUGAACACACUUCUCACAGAUGGACGUUCCCCUUUCGAACACCAACAGUUCUCCCUUGGAGAUCCGUCUUGGGCAGCGCUCCUGCUCGCCUGCAAUCUACAAGUCUCUUGUGAGCUUGUUUGCUGCUAGGCAGUGCGCUGGGCUCCACUGCUCGUACAGCGAGCAGUGAAACACUCAGAGUUGUUUGUUCAGAUCCUGAUGUAUGGCCUGAACUCAGCUCUCCUCCUCCUCCUCUUCCUCCUCCACAGCAGCAUCAGAGCACGUCAUUCUAGGAACCAUGCAAAUGUUGGUCUAGUAUGUGUUUGGCUGGGAACUAUUUUUCCCCCCUCGGAUUUGAUGCCCGUGAGCUAAAGACUUUUUGAAGGUCCUUGGUGGAGAUCUUGUGCUGUUUCUUUACUCUGAGAUAAAAGAUAAGCCAGUGCUGCAUAAUUCUCCAUAAAUCUAUCUGAUCAAUUUUAAAUGAGCGGGGGUGUUGAUGUAAGGUUUAUCAUGUGGGCACCCAGCUGUGGGCUUAAUUUUGGAGUGAAUCAUAGUCUUCCAUAGCACUUUGAGGCAACAGUUUUGUUUAAUCAGUUGUUUAAUUUUUAGGAAAAUGUCUUAAAUUGCAACUAAAUCUGUCUUUUUUUAAGUUGAUGUUUAUAAACUGGCUUGCGAUGCUUUGAAAAAUAUAUAUAUGAAAUACAUUUGCAGAUGUGAUAUACCUUUAAAUUCAAGCUCAUUUUGAGUCAAUGGUGUAAGUUUAAUUUAUUUUUAUACUCUUCUAUAUAGAAAAUAUAAAGACUGGCCCACAUAUCUAUACACAGGCACAUAUUAACAUGAAUACAUAAAAAUCUGGCAAAAUUUGUCAGUAUGUCAGGGACUGUUGAAAUAUGUAUGACAUGUUAUGGACGUCUUAUAUUACAAGUAGUCUUAGCGUAUGCUGCUGUCGUUACCUUAAUGUAGAAUCUGUGUAGUUGAUCUCCUGUGGGACUCCAAUAAAUACAGUAAAUGUGUCUUUAUUAUUGGUGGGGGAGCUUUAGCAGCAUGAAGAUGGCCGCCCCCCCCCCCCCCCCCCUCCCUGUGCCCCUCUCCUCCCCCAAACGGGCCAUUUCUCUUUUUCUACUUGUCCAGAACAUGGGAAUGGAUGCUGGCAGCGAUUUUUUUUUUCCAGGCUGAACGUGAAAACAACCUGGGUUAAAUAUCAGCUGCAAAUGUUCAUAGAGUUUGUUUUAGCUCACCAAAGCAACAGAUAGGUGAGAUUCAACUCGGCUGCCCUGAAAAACUUAGUUUUUUUUUUUUUUUACCAGCUUCACUAUGUCCUUAUUUGCUUACUAGGUCUUACAUUAACACACAAUACAAUUUUCUCUGAAAAUUUAAAGAUUGAACACUUUUUUUUCCUGUGUAUUCUUCCUCAAAUUCCAGCUGGCACCUACACAAGCUAAAACAAACCACUAAAAGUUUUUGCAAGUGUGAUUUUGACCCAGUUGUUGAAAGCAGUUGCUGUUUGGCCUGUUCCAUUUCAAGUUUUUUCCUUCACACCUUCUUUGACACCCUUUAUUUAAAAAAAAACAAAACAAGGGAUGGCGAGAGAGAAUACUUCCAAUCUAUCAGGGAAUUUUUUUCCAUGUUGACUGAGGUUUCAUUAACUAGAGAAAUCCAAAUGUUUGCUUCUUCCACUUCUCCUCUCCGUGUGUCGGUCUCGUAGUACGAACGAUGCAGGCCCUUUAGACUUUUCAGGUGUGUACAGACUUCUAUGGGAACGAUGAAUAACACAAAGUUUGGUAUUUGUCUGAUUAAGGAAGAGAGAGAUGGUGUUUAUGCAAUUUACUAUUUUUAAGAUCUAAUACAUGAUUUAUGUGUAGCAGGAAGGCUGAUUUAUGGUUUAAAUGACAACGGAUGUUUUCUUUGUAGGGGUGCCUACCUCCCGGUUUAUAAACAAAGGGGUUGUGGUCUGAGGAUGUUCACAUGCUACGUAUUAGAAAACAUAUUUUUGAUGUCUUUUUUUGAAUGAUGAUUGUCUCUUAAAGAACUAUAACAUAACAUUGCUGUAUUAUUCUUAUUACUUAUUAAGAUUCAUUCCAUACUAUUUUCCAUUUGAUUAGAAGUGGGAUGAGGGAUGAAAUUACUUUGUCCCAACAUAUGAAGUAUUUACAGUUGUACUCUCUCGUAGUGUCCACUGCAAACUGUACUUCUCUCUCUCUCUCUAAAUGAUACCUUAACAUUUUGUGUGGAUAUACCGUACGUUUGUAUCCGUUUGUCUGUGCGAGUGUGUGUGAAUGUGUUGCCGAGCGUGCGUCUCGUAGACGAAGCUUAGGUUCAUGUCCUUUAAAGACACAGUAAUGUUCUCCUAGAGGUGCAUGUUAACCAAACUGUGAGCAAGUUUAUUGACAAUGCGUAGCUUUUUGCGUAUGAAAACCAUCAUAGCUUCUUUAGAAAUAUCACCCAGGUCUUCUGGUGAUUUAGCACUGUGGUUUUGCAUCUUACUCCAGUUAGUUAGAAGGUUGUUUUUUUUUUUUCCUCGAUCAGAUUUGAUUUAUACAGAUGGGAAACAAGACAGCGUUUGGCUGCUCUCCUCACUCUUUUGACUACAUGUAAAACAUCUGGAUGUUUUGCAUUUUAAGUGCCCAUUUUAAUUGACACUUUCCAGUCAUGAUUUUUGCGGUUUGAUUUCUCUUAAGCGGUUGCUACAUAUUGCUAUUUAAAAUGGUUCACUAAGAGAAACUGAGAUAAACUAAAAGCAAGAUAUAGAGAGACAUCGAUUAAACUAUAAAGGGCUUCUUAAUCUAUUGGUCUUUAUUGAAUUGUGAUGACCUUGUUGCAUGUUUGUGUGUUUCUUGUGGAAAAAUAAAUACUCCCUCGACAGGGGUAGUUUGUUUGA